CAGAUUACUUCUCUCAUGGCGAGCAUUUGGGUCUCUAAACUGGGAACCAUUUGCACCUCCAAGAUUUUCUUCUUGCUGCUUUCCAUCGUGCUGCUCUGGGGGCCUCUCAGCGGAGAGAGUAGCCCCAUCUCCAACACUCAUCGGAGGCAACGUCCCGCUCCAGGACUCGGGGACGGACAUGGAGGAGUGGUGGAUCCAUCGCUGCUGGAGCAGGACGACAACAGCAAGAUGCAAAAUCUGCUGGAAAGCCUGAAGGAGCAGUUUCUACGAACUUUUAAUCUAUCUGGUUUGGGUCCUCCGCCUCUGCCUGCUGGAAGUAUGAGAGAGGAGCCUCCUGAAUACAUGAUGGAGCUUUAUAACCGCUUUGCUAAUGACCAGACUGCCAUGCCCACUGCCAAUAUCAUACGCAGCUUCAAAAAUGAAGACACAAAUCCCAGUUUUGUAGGUGGUGGAGGAGUGAGACGUCAUCCACUCCUCUUCAAUGUGUCGAUUCCCCAUCAUGAACACAUCACUGCCGCUGAGCUUCGCCUCUACACUUUGGUGCAAACUGACCGCCAUCUCUAUGCUGGUGUCGACCGCAAGGUCACCAUCUAUGAACUGGAACCACACGACUGGUUGGACAACUCGACCGAUGUGAAGGAAGUGAGAGGCGACAUGUUCAGAGAGACAGAGGAGCAAACUGAGCUGGUGGAAUUAUCCUCUCGUCAAGUUUACGGGAUCGAUAAUGGCUGGGAGGCUUUUGACCUCACUGCCGCCGUUCAGCGUUGGCACAGAUCUGAUGGUGGCACCACACGCCGCUUGGAGGUGCACAUCUCCAGCAUUGGUGACGAUGAGAAUGUUCAAGGCACGAAGAACAACAGCAAUGGCAUGAGUUCACCUGAAGGAGACAUGAGGAUCGAAAACAGCCCCAAGGAAAAGCACAAACCCCUGCUGAUUGUUUUCUCUGAUGAUCGGAGCAGUGAUCACCGUGACGACAGGAGAGAGCUGAAUGAGAUGAUCGACCAUGAAACUUCAAACGCUGUUCUGAAAAAUGGCAUGGAGACAGGCAUGGAUGGACUGUGGGGGGAGCUGGGAGAGGAUGGAGUUGAGGGAGACCCAGACGAAGAAGAUCUUAUCCAGAUGCGCUCUAACUUGAUCUAUGACACAGCAUCCCGCAUUCGUCGCAAUGUCAAGGGCAACCACUGCAAGAAGCAGUCUCUGUAUGUGGAGUUCAAGGACAUCGGAUGGGACAGUUGGAUCGUGGCCCCGACUGGUUAUGAUGCCUUUGAAUGCGCAGGCAUUUGUUCCUACCCUCUGACAAAGCACGUCACGCCGACGAAGCACGCCAUUGUCCAGACGUUGGUCAACAUCAACAGUCCUCAGAAGGCAGCUCGGGCAUGUUGUGUGCCAACCAAGCUAGACCCCAUCUCCCUGCUCUACCUGGACGACGCAGGUGUGGUCACCUACAAGUACAAGUAUGAAGGCAUGGUGGUGGCUGAGUGUGGCUGCAGAUAG